AACAACCUCAAUAGGCAGCCGCAGGAGCCCCGCCGACCAGCAUCCGACAGCUACCUCUAGGCCAUGAAAGUCAGUCCAGCCAACGGCAAACGUAAUCGCUGGUAAUACCUGAUCUCUUUUUAUGUGACGUGAACGGCAAGCACUCCCCCUCCCACCAUUCGCUGCCGACAGCCAGAGGCCAACAGGGCAAGAAAGCACCAGCUGAGGAGCAACCAUGUCGGGCGUCCGGACUGCGAGCCACGCGGGGGACUGGUACACUGCCGAGCCGGAUGGCCUGGAGCAUGACCUCGAUAGGUACCUCGACGCGGUGCCUGAGCAAAUCAACGACAGCGACCUGCCCGUCAAGGGCGCCAGAGUGAUUAUUGCGCCACAUGCCGGCUACAGCUACUCGGGGCCCUGCGCCGCCUGGGCCUACAAGGCGCUCGACCUGGGCGCCGCCAAGCGCGUCUUCAUCCUGGGGCCGUCGCACACCUACUACCUCUCGGGCGCGGCCCUGACAACGUACGCGGCGUACGCGACGCCGCUGGGCGACCUGCGCGUCGACGUCGACACGGUCGCCGCCCUGCGCGCCACCGGCCGCUUCUCGGACGUGCCGCGCCAGCGCGACGAGGACGAGCACAGCCUCGAGAUGCACCUGCCCUACCUGGCCAAGCGCCUGGCCCAGACCUUCGGGCCCCAGGACACGCCCGCCGCCUGGCCGCCCGUGGUGCCCAUCGUGGUCGGCGACAACGGGCGCGAGGCCGAGAGGGCUCUGGGCGAGCUGCUGGUGCCGUACCUGCGCGACCGCGACAGCGCCUUCAUCGUCAGCUCCGACUUUUGCCACUGGGGCUCGCGCUUCAGCUACACGGCCUACACGCCCGACGGGACCGAGGCCGGCGUGCGCUCGCUCACGCGCCGCGACGCCGCCCCGGACCUCCCCGUGCCCAUCCACGAGAGCAUCUCGGCGCUCGACCACAUGGCCAUGGGCGCCAUCGAGAGCGGGAGCCACGACGCCUUCUUCGACAACCUCAAGGCCACGGGCAACACCGUCUGCGGCCGCCACCCUAUCGGCGUCGUCAUGGCCGGGCUCGAGGCGCUUAGGAAGGAGAAGGCUGAAUCCUCGGGGCUCAAGGGUGAUGGCGUCUUCACUUUUGUCAAGUACGACCGGAGCAGCCUCGUCAACGGCCUCAGGGAUUCUAGCGUCAGCUACGGUUCCGCCUAUGCCAUCAUUUGAGGUGGACAGUAUCCAUGUUGAGACUUUAUUGGUUAUCAUUUGCGUUUGCUAAUUUGAGAUGGGUUGGCGUUUGGCAGGGGUAGAGUGGACGGGCAGCUGAAUCAAUGAACUCCGGGGGCCAUUUCUCCCGGGAGCCUGUCCGAGCACGCGGCUGAUAUAUCCGGAUCAUCGCAUGACAAAGAGCAACCCUUAAAUAGCGGCUUUGCUGCGAGCCGUAUGGGUGGCACGACAAGCACUAAAAGCAUCUGGGUCCUAAUGCAAGAUCGCCAUUACUAGGCUAAUAUUUCGCUCCCAUGUCUGUCGCCUUUUUGCCAGAGCAGGCGACGCGGGGCUCGCUUGGGAGCGGGAGCAGUGCCGCGUCCACCGACCCAACCCACCUGUUUGAUGUUCGGACCGGAGGCUUCAGGUCGUUGGAGCUGAUCUGGAGGCCCUAGGAGCUCGCGUGUCUGGUAGAAAGAACCAAGACUCUCCUGCAGGGAGGUCCCACCGCUUUAAUCUGUACAAAAGAAUGGAUGGCAUCGCAAUUUGAGAGCACUCAUCCAGGAUAGAACCCCGUGCCUUUGCAGAUCGACCAUGGAG